AUGGAAGGACCGGUUAAGAAAGCGAAGGUGGAUGGCUUACAGGAAAUUAGGAGGAUAUUUACAAAGCUGAAUACCCUUUAUACGUUUCUGCUAUCUCGAAAGCACGUGCUGACUACUUUUGAGACCCUUCGAGGGCCACUGGAACAGGCAAUCAAGCGUCCGUUGGAAAUUGCGGACCUGGCAAGGAUCGCAGUGGUGAUGGGCCGAAGCGUUGAGUUUAGAUAUGUAGAUCUGAACCAAAUCCAUGCAGAAACGAAGGUGUUUGACUUUGGGCGUGGAGGCUAUCAGCAGAAGGAGUCAGACAUAUUCCAGCUGAAGAGCGGUUCUGAAUCCAUGGACGAGACGCAGGCGCUGGUGUUUGAGUUCGUAGAUGGAAAUAUGUCCAGGGCAUGGUCAGCGGGGGGCACACCGGAAUUUACCAUGGAUCAGAUGCGUCGCAUGAUCACACGGCGGCGAGAUGUGUUCGAGGAGCGACUGGCAGCGUUUGCCGCAAGCGCGGAGGAAAGAGGCCUGGACACCUGGGAGGAGCUCUGCCGCGCCGCUGAUUUGGAACUUCCGAGGCCCAAGCAGUACGUGGAUCCCGUGCAGGCCAUGAUAGAAGCCCAAGAAGGACGUGGCACUGCGGGGCCGGAUGGCCAGAAGGACAUCGACCGCCCGCCUAUGAACGUACUUCUUGAGCGCCUCAAACAUACUAAGAUCUACAGCGGACAGAUUGCCGCAUUGCAUGUGCAGAAAGAGAGGACGGCGGCUUACGGCAAACUUGACUUCGAUCUGGCACCAGAGGUCGUUAAUGCAUUGGACCACGAUCAGCUGUAUAUCCAUCAGGCAGAGGCCCUCAAUGCCGUUCAUGCGGGCAAUAAUGUGAUCAUUACGACCUCCACCUCCUCCGGCAAGUCUUUAAUCUAUCAGCUUUGUGCUAUAGACGCGCUCUUAAAAGAUAGGGACUCAACCUUCAUGUACAUUUUUCCAACCAAGGCUUUGGCUCAAGACCAAAAGCGCGCAUUCCAGCAGCUUCUCAGCCGCAUUCCCAGUCUUGCAACUGUUGUAGUUGCAACUUAUGAUGGUGAUACCGAACAACAGAACCGUGCCGCCAUCCGGAAGCAUGCACGGGUCAUUUUCACGAACCCUGACAUGAUACAUUCAAGUAUCUUGCCCAACCAUCCGGGAUGGCGGCACUUUCUUAUGCAUCUCAAAUUGGUGGUUGUGGACGAGCUACAUGUGUAUAAGGGUCUUUUUGGCUCCCACGUUGCGCUUGUCAUGCGGAGGUUACUAAGGCUUGUCCGCGACUUUUACCUUAACGCGCAACUAAGAUUUAUUUCUUGUUCUGCAACUAUAAAACGUCCAGUGGAGCAUAUGACUAACAUGUUUGGUGUUUCGGAUAUUGUUCAUGUGUUCAAGGAUGGUUCACCCAACGGUUUGAAAUACCUAGGUGUUUGGAAUCCUCCGGCCCUGCCCCAGCAUAUGCAUAAGAGAGAAAACUUUAUUCAAGAGAGUGCAAAAAUAUUAGUCGAAUUGAUUGUUAAUAACACUCGCACUAUCGCGUUUUGUUAUGUACGCAGAGUGUGUGAGCUGCUAAUGAAGGAGGUGCGGAUAAUACUCCAAGAGAUGGGAAGGAUUGAUCUUGUUAAUGACGUUAUGUCCUACAGAGGCGGAUACUCUGUGGAUGACAGAAGAAAGAUCGAGGAAGAAAUGUUUCAUGGUGGCUUGCGUGCUGUGAUAUCAACAAAUGCCCUGGAGUUAGGUAUCGAUAUCGGUACCUUAGAUUGCGUAUUGAUGUGUGGCUUCCCUCUGUCAUUGGCUAAUUUUCAUCAACAGAGUGGCAGAGCAGGCAGAAGGAACAAAGAUUCUUUGACGCUAGUUGUAGCGGCCGAUUCUCCAGUAGAUCAGCAUUAUGUUGCGCACUCUGAGAUAUUGCUUGAAUAUGACAACGACCCCGACAAACUUCAGGAGCUUACUUUGGAUUUUGACAAUGAAUUAAUCCUAGAAGGGCAUAUACAGUGCGCCGCAUUUGAGCUACCGAUAGAUAUAAAAAGAGAUCAGCAGUUUUUUAACAAGAAAUACUUACAGGAUCUAUGCACUAAUAGACUACAGCAUGAUUCGGAUGGAUACCAUGCCAAUGAUAAUUAUCUACCAUGGCCACCAAAAAUGGUCUCUCUUCGCGGCGUCGAAGAAGACAUAUAUGCGGUUGUGGAUAUUACAAAUGGUAGGAAUAUUGUGAUAGAAGAGAUAGAGGCGUCGAGGACAACAUUUACGCUAUACGAUGGGGGCAUUUUUAUCCAUCAAGGAUAUCCAUACUUGGUCAAAGAAUUCAAUGCCGAUGACAAGUAUGCAAAGGUUCAGAGGGUCGAUGUCGAUUGGUUGACAAGUCAGCGGGAUUUUACGGAUGUAGAUCCGCAGGAAAUUCAGUUAGUCCGAUCGCUAACUGAUAGUGACGUCCCAGUUUAUUUUGGGAAGAUACGAACAACUAUGAUUGUAUUUGGGUUCUUCAAAGUGGAUAAACAUGGUAGGAUAUUGGAUGCUGUAGAAACGCAUAAUCCUCCUGUGAUAAUAGAUUCAAAAGGUUUAUGGAUAGAUAUACCUAGGCAAGCCCUUGAAUUGGUCAAGGAGCGGGGGCUAAAUAUGGCAGGUGGAAUACAUGCUGCAGAGCAUGGCAUAAUUGGUUUAUUACCGCGGUUUAUAGUCGCAGGUGUUGAUGAAAUAAAUACUGAGUGUAAAGCUCCUGAGAAAGAAUUUGCACAGCGGCAAACGAGCAGGCUGCGUCCGGCUCGCUUAGUGUUUUAUGAUUCCAAAGGUGGACACCAUGGGUCUGGAUUAUCAAGUAAGAUUUUUGAAAAUAUUGAGAGCAUUUUAAAUGGAGCUCUACAGAGGAUUGAGGAAUGUCCAUGCGAGGAUGGCUGUCCAGAUUGCGUGGCAGCUUCAUUUUGUAAGGAACGCUCCCUCGUCAUUUCAAAACCGGCGUCAUUAAUUAUUCUGCAUUCGAUUCUUGGGCAUGAUCCCUCCACGUAUAUGCAUAAAAUAAACCAGGGCCCUGAACCAAACAUGGCACAGGUGAAAGUAGAAACCAUAGAGCCAGUGACUACGCCGGUGAAAUUUGCCGCUGAUGUUGAAAUCAUUGAUGUGAGGAGGAUUCGAAACCCAAAGAGCGAGGAGCUAGAAAUAAAGGAAGAAUUCACGGACGAGUAG